AUGGCGGCGGCAAACUACGAUUACGAUCUCAUUAUUAUUGGUGCGGGCGUUGGUGGUCACGGCGCGGCGAUUCACGCCGCCGAGUGUGGUCUCAAAACCGCGAUCGUCGAAGGCGACGUGAUGGGUGGGACCUGCGUCAACCGAGGGUGCGUGCCGUCGAAAGCGUUGUUAGCGGCGGCGGGGAGAGUGAGAGAUAUGAAAAACGCGGACCACUUGAAACAUCUCGGCAUUACCGUCGAUAACGUUUCCUUUGAUCGCCAAGGCAUCGCGGACCACGCGGAAGAUUUGGUGCAAACAAUUCGAGGGAACUUGACGCGCUCGAUGGAAGGCGUCGGAGUGGACAUCUUAACCGGUAACGCCGGUUUUGUGGAUAAUCACACGAUUUCUUACGGCGGAGCGCCAGGAACGAUUACUGGCGGUAAGAAAACCGCGAAGCACAUUAUCAUCGCGACCGGGUCGAAGCCGUUCGUUCCGCCUGGCAUUGAGAUUGAUAACAAAACCGUGUUUACUUCGGACGCCGGUUUGAAAUUGGAUUGGUUGCCGCCGUGGGUGGCGAUUAUCGGGAGUGGUUACAUCGGAUUAGAGUUUUCGGACGUGUACACCGCGUUAGGAUCGGACGUCACCUUUAUUGAGGCCAUGCCGAUGAUCAUGCCUGGUUUUGACAGAGAGAUUGCCAAGCUGGCGGAGAGAGUUUUGAUUAGCCCGAGAAACAUCGACUACGUGACGAACAAAUUCGCGACGAAAGUCACGCCGGGUAUUCCGGGUGAAAAACCCGUCACGAUUGAAUUAACCGACGCGACGACGAAGGAAGUCGUCGAUGUUAUGGAAGUGGACGCGUGCAUGGUCGCCACCGGUCGCUCCCCAUACACCGCGGGGUUGAACUUGGAUAAUUUGAAAGUCGAGACGCAAAGAGGAUUCGUCCCGACCAAUGAAAAGUGCCAAGUGUUGGACACGGACGGGAACGUCAUCGAAGGUGUUUGGUGCAUCGGUGACGCGAACGGUAAGCUGAUGUUGGCGCACGCCGCGAGUACUCAAGGUAUUUCGUGCGUCGAAAACAUGGUUGGUAGAGAAAACGUCGUCAACCACGAGGCGAUUCCAGCCGCGUGCUUUACUCAUCCGGAAGUCUCCUUCGUCGGUUUGACCGAAGAGCAAGCGAAAGAAAGAGCAGAGAAAGAAGGUUUCACAAUUGCCACGUGCAAGACGUCGUUCAAGGCGAACUCGAAGGCGUUGGCAGAGAAAGAGGCUGAAGGUAUGGCCAAAUUGAUUUACGAUCCGAAAACUGGGAAGAUGUACGGCGCGUGGAUCUUUGGUUUACACGCCGCGGAUUUAGUGCACGAAAUCUCCAACGCGAUUAACAACGAGCAAACGUUGUACGACUUGAAGUUUACCACCAAGGCGCACCCGACGUUGUCGGAAGUCGUGGAAGAGUUGUACCGAGGCGCGCACUUGGAAGGAGGCAUGCCGAGCCAAAAGCUUGCUCCGGCUCGUUAA